UGCGGCAUUCAGCGAUGGGAGAUCUCUCAAAAUCAUCCAUUUUCUUCUCCGAUCAACACCUCUGCUACGCCGAUAUUCUCCCUCCAUUGCAGGUUCGAGCUAGAAUCGAAGUUGCAGUCCUAAAUUUCCUCAAAGCCUUAAGUUCUCCAACUCCAUCCAUCUCAAAUCUUCCUCUGAUUAGUAGAAAGUCGAAUAAUAGCAGAGUGAGUCGAGGACUUUUGACUGAUGAAUCGUGGAUUUUUCUCUCCUAUUCAUUUUGUACGCGUUCAUUAAUGAGGGAGAAUACUGCCAAGUCUUUUGUAAGAGUGUGGAAGGUUAUGGAGAUGUGUUACCAAAUUCUGAGUCAUGAUGAGAAAAGGGUGACCCAAAGAGAAUUAUUUUACAAGCUGCUCUGUGAUUCACAAGACUAUUUUAAUUCUCAACUGCAGGUCAACAGGACGGUCCAAGAUUUGGUAGCAUUGCUUCAGUGUAGUCGUUACAGUCUUGGAAUAAUGGCAUCCAGCAGAGGAGCGGUUGCUGGCCGUCUUUUGCUGCAGGAGCCAAACCAAGAGUUUGUGGACUGCUCUACUUGUGGGUCUUCGGGUUAUGCUAUUUCUGGGGACCUGAGCCUGUUGGAAAAAUUAGUCAUGAAGUCAGAUGCCCGGUAUAUCAUUCUAGUGGAAAAGCAUGCUAUAUUCCAGCGGCUCGCUGAGGAUCGUAUUUUCAAUCAAAUCCCAUGUAUUCUAAUCACUGCAAAAGGGUAUCCAGAUAUUGCCACUAGGUUUCUUCUUCAUCGGAUGAGCAGGAAAUUUCCUAGCAUUCCAAUUCUGGGUUUGGUGGACUGGAACCCUGCUGGCUUGGCAAUACUGUGCACAUUCAAGUAUGGCAGCAUAGGGAUGGGCCUGGAAGCUUUUAGAUAUGCUUGCAAUGUAAAGUGGCUUGGAUUGCGAAAGGAUGAUAUAGAGAAACUAGUACCAGAAGAAUCUUUAGUCCCUCUGAAGCAGCGAGAUCUUCAGAUUGCAAAAAGCUUGAUAUCAUCAGAGAUUUUGCAGGAUAAUUACAAAGAAGAAUUGGCAGUGAUGGUUGAGAGUGAUAGGAGGGCAGAAAUUGAAGCUCUCUACUUCCAUGGUUAUGAUUUCUUAGGAAAGUUCAUUGCCAACAAAAUUGUGCAGAUGGAUUACAUUUGA